AUGGCUGAUUCUGAUUCUGAGUAUUCAGAUGAUAUAUCAGUCAAACCAACUAAAAAACCAUUAACUGAACAAAAUAAAAUCACAACCAAAAAAAAUGCGUCUGAAUCUUACCAAAAAUUAUCUCAAUUAGAACAUAUUUUAAAAAGACCAGAUACCUACAUUGGUUCCACUGAAAAAACUAAAACUGAAAUGUGGUGUUUUGAUAAUGCAUCUGAAUCAAUGAAAUAUAAAGAAGUUAUAAUAGUCCCUGGUUUAUACAAAAUAUUUGACGAAGUUUUGGUUAAUGCAGCUGAUAAUAAAAUUAGAGAUCCAAAUAUGAAAAAUAUUAAAGUUAAAAUUGAUCCUGAAAAUAAUGUUAUACAAGUCAUGAAUGAUGGUAAAGGUAUACCAGUUGAAAUACAUACUAAGGAGAAAAUGUAUAUUCCAGAAUUAAUUUUUGGCAAUUUAUUAACUUCUUCAAAUUAUGAUGAUGAUGAAAAAAAAGUUACGGGGGGUAGAAAUGGGUUUGGUGCUAAAUUAUGUAAUAUUUUUUCAACUCAAUUUGAAGUUGAAACUGCGGAUGCAAAUACUGGUAAAUUAUAUAAACAAGUUUGGAAUGAUAAUAUGCAAAAAGUUUCAAAACCAAAAAUUACAGCCUUGAAAAGUAAAAAAGAAUAUACCAAAAUUACAUUUAAACCAGAUUUACAAAAAUUUGAUAUGGAUGCUUUAGAUGAAGAUUUAUUAUCAGUUUUAAGAAGAAGAGUUUAUGAUUUAUGUGGUACUGUAAAAAAUUGUACUAUCUACUUAAAUGAUAAAAGAUUAACAAUUUCAAAUUUUAAAAAUUAUGUUGAAAUGUAUGUUAAAGCAAUAAAAGAAAGAUCACCAGAACCAGAAGAAAAACAGUUUCAAACUAUAAUUCAUGAAGUUUUUAAUGAUAGAUGGGAAAUUGCAUUUGCUGUUAGUGAUGGUUCUUUUAAUCAAAUUAGUUUUGUAAAUUCAAUUGCAACUACUUCUGGUGGUACCCAUGUUAAAUAUGUUUCAGAUCAAAUUAUAAAUAAAUUAGUUGAUACUUUACUGAAGAAAGAAAAAGGUAAAAAGAAAUUAAUGAUUAAACCACAAGAAGUUAGAGAUAAUAUGUUUAUAUUUAUCAAUUGUCUUAUUGAAAAUCCAGCAUUUACAUCUCAAACAAAAGAACAAUUAACAACAAAGGUUUCACAAUUUGGUGGUAAAGAAAAAUUUGUUGCUAAUGAAAAUUUAAUCAAUAGAAUUUUAAAAACAAGUAUUGUUGAAAAAAUUAGAGAUAUUGCAAAAGCAAAUGAAGAUAAAGCAUUACAAAAAGUGGAUGGUUCAAGAAAACUGAGAAUUAAAAAUCAAGUUAAUUUACAUGAUGCAAAUAAAGCAGGUACAAAAGAUGGAACAAAAUGUACAUUAAUUUUAACUGAAGGUUUAUCAGCGUUGAAUUUAGCAAUUGCAGGUUUAGCUGUUGUUGGUAGAGAUUAUUAUGGUUGUUUCCCAUUAAGAGGUAAAUUAUUGAAUGUUCGUGAAGCUUCAACUGAACAAAUUUCAAAAAAUGCUGAAAUUAAUGCAUUAAAACAAAUUAUUGGUUUACAACAUAAAAAAUCAUAUAAUGCAGAAAAUAUUAAAUCCUUAAGAUAUGGUCAUAUUAUGAUUAUGACUGAUCAAGAUCAAGAUGGUUCACAUAUAAAAGGUUUAAUUAUAAAUUUCUUGGAAACUUCAUUUCCUGGGUUAUUAGAUAUACCUGGAUUUUUAUUAGAAUUUAUAACACCAAUUGUUAAAGUUACUAUAAAACAAAGAGGAACAAAUAAAGUUAUACCAUUUUAUAAUAUGCCUGAAUUUGAACAUUGGAGAGGUAAUGAAGGUACUCAAGUUAGAUGGACUCAUAAAUAUUAUAAAGGUUUAGGUACAUCAACAACAAAAGAAGCAAGAGAAUAUUUUAUUGCCCUUGAUAAACAUUUAAAGAAGUUCCAUCAAUUACAAGGUGAUGAUUCAGAAUUAAUUGAUUUAGCAUUCUCAAAAAAGAAGGCAGAUGCAAGAAAAGAUUGGUUACAACAAUAUGUACCUGGAUCACAUUUAGAUUCAACUUUAGAUGAAAUUCCAAUUAGUGACUUUAUAAAUAAAGAAUUAAUUUUAUUUUCAAUGUCAGAUAAUGUUCGAUCAAUUCCAUCAGUUUUGGAUGGUUUCAAACCAGGUCAAAGAAAAGUCAUUUAUGGUUGUUAUAAACGUAAAUUAAGAAAUGAAAUUAAAGUUGCACAAUUAGCAGCUUAUGUUUCUGAAAAUACUGGUUAUCAUCAUGGUGAACAAUCAUUAGUUCAAACUAUAGUUGGAUUAGCUCAAAAUUUCGUUGGUUCAAAUAAUAUUAAUGUUUUAAAACCAAAUGGUGCUUUCGGUUCAAGAGCCACUGGUGGUAAAGAUGCAGCAGCACCAAGAUAUAUUUUUACAGAAUUGAAUGAAAUUACAAGAAAAAUUUUUAAUCCUUUGGAUGAUCCAAUUUAUAAUUAUGUUCAAGAUGAUGAACAAACAGUUGAACCUGUUUAUUAUUUACCUGUUAUUCCAAUGUUAUUAGUUAAUGGAGCAGAAGGUAUUGGUACUGGUUGGUCAACUAAUGUACCAAGUUAUAAUCCAAAAGAUUUAGUUGCAAAUAUUAAAAAAUUAUUAAAUAAUGAAGAGCCAGAAGAUAUGAUUCCAUGGUAUAGAGGAUGGGAAGGAGAUAUUGUAUCAAUGGGACACCAAAAAUUUAAAAUAUCUGGUAGAAUUGAACAAAUUGAUGAUCAAACUUUAGAAAUUACAGAAAUUCCAGUCAAGACAUGGACAAAUACAAUCAAAGAAUUCUUAUUAUCUGGAUUUGGUACUGAAAAAACACCAGCUUGGAUUAAAGAUAUGGAAGAACAUCAUACUACAAAUAUCAAAUUUAUAAUUAAAUUAUCACCACAAGAAAUGGAAAAAUCAAUAAGAAUGGGAUUAUUAGAAAGAUUUAAAUUGAUUGGGUCAAUUAAUUUAUCAAAUAUGGUUGCAUUUGAUCCACAAGGUAGAAUUAAGAAAUAUAAUGAUGUGAUUGAAAUUUUAAAAGAUUUUUAUUUUGUAAGAUUAGAAUAUUAUCAAAAGAGAAAAGAUUAUCUUAUUGUCAAUUUAAAGAAUAAUUUAACUAUGCUUGAAGAACAAUUAAGAUUUAUUAAAUAUAUCAUAAACGAUGAGAUACAUAUUAAAAAUGUUAAACGAAAAGAAGUAAUUCAACAAUUACAAGAUAAAAAAUUCAAAAAAUUUUCAAAAGAUGGCAAACCAAUUGAAGAUGUACUUGAAACAGAAGAAGAAGAAGAAGAAGAAGAAAUUGGAGAUAUAAGCGCCCUUAAUUUAAAAAUUGAUGAGGUUGAAAAUACAGAGAAUAAUAAUAAUUCGGACACACAAGAAGAACAUAGACCUGAAACAUUGCAAAGUUCUUAUGAAUAUUUAUUAGGUAUGAGUAUUUGGUCAUUAACUCAUGAAAGAUAUUUAAAAUUAUCACAACAGAAACAAAUGAAAGAAGCUGAAUUGAAUGAUUUAUUAGGUAAAUCUGCAAAAGAUUUAUGGAUGAUUGAUUUAGAUGAAUUUUUGGUUGAAUAUGAUAACUUUUUGGAGAGAGAUCUAUUAGAAAGAGAAAAUUUGGGAAGUAAGAACCAAAAGAAAACAGGUAGAAAGAGAAAAGCAACAACUACAAAUGCAACAACUGCUAAAAAAAUUAAAACUGAAAAAGAACUAACUCCAAAAACAAAGAAAGAACCAACUCCAAAACCAACAAAAGCUAAAUCUAAUUCACCACCUGUUAAGAAAGAAGAACCAAAACCAAAGCCUAAAAAUGAUGUAUUAUCAUUCUUUUCACCAAAAACAACAACUGAAAAUUCUAAAGUUAUUUCAAUAUUUAGUGAUUCAGAAGAUGAUGAUAUCUUACCAAAAAAAAUCGAAGAACCGAUUACAAAUCCCAAACUAGUUACUAAAGCUAAGAGUUCAAUUCAGGAUGAAGUUAAUGAUUUAGAUAUUGAUAUGAAAACAACAGAAACAAAGAGGAAAAGAAAUAGUAAACCUAAAUCUAAAGCUAUUGUUAUUAAUAGUGAUGAAGAUGAUGACGGAGAUGAAAGUAUAGAAGAUGUAGAAGAUGAUUUUAAUGAUAAUGAUGAUGAUUCAUAUGAAGAAGAUUAA